AUGAGCAACGCACGCCGCCGCGCCUUCAUCGGCGACAUGAUGAUCAUCCACGCAGCCGUCGAUAUCCUCGCAAACGCCGAGUUGAAAAUCUGGUACCUGCUCCCCGCCCCUGAAUACCAGCCGAUGGACUUCCACCACUGGGGCUUCGAGUGCUGCUGUGCCAUAUGCGCUGACGUCAGUGUGACUAAGCCCCGCGUCCUCGAGACGCGGGUCAGACAUCGUGCGCAGAUCGCUAUAGCACUAAAAAACAGCUCGAAUAGGCUUAGCCUAACGCGGGCUGAGACGCUUAUUGAGCGUCUGGCUGAGACGUAUCCGCACCCGCUGAAGCAGGUACUGCAACUUGGGUUGUGGGAGCCACUUACUUUGAUUGCUGGGGUUUAUGAAAGACAGAAGCGGCCGGAAGAAGCCGUUAAGGCUGCGAAUCGGCCCCUCGCAGCAGUUGGAUUUGUGCUUGAGGGGUUUGGGUGGGAAGAUGAUGUGGAGGGGCCUCUUGUUAUUAAGAAAUGGGGGCUCGCUAUGGAUGAUCUUGUUAUGUUGCUUAUUUUUCGCAGGUCUUUGUUUGACGUUGCGCCUGAGAGGGCAAUACAGGUGGAACGGUAUGCCCGCAUGGCUUACUUGAUCUGUGUCGGGGAGGAGGCAAGCGUUGAUGCAACCUAUGGAAUGAGCUUGAAGGUGGCUUGUGGGGUUCGUCCCGAGAGCCAAGCGGAAGGAUGGGUAGUUUGA